GCCAUUCGCUCAAGAACAUCCAAAGUGAAGUGGCUUCUUCUUACUUGCCUGCUCUGCUCUGUUACUAAUGGUGAUCAUCUUUUCCCCAAAUUAUAUUUUCCUCUUCCCAUAUCCCUCACUGGUAUGUAUAAAAUUUUGAUUUCCCCAGUUUUUGCAUAUGAACAUAAUUUUUUCUGUGGAAAACUGGGUGUCGCAGCAGCACGCUGACGAGGAUGAGGAGACGACCCCACUCUCGCGCCACCGGCCCUUCUUCAGGGCCGUCAUGUGCAAGAUCCACCCUGCAACAAUGGCGGCUAGCUUCAUAAUCAAAUGGCCAUGCCCUGAUUUCCUCUGCUUCUUUCGUCGGACCAUGCAGAUAAUCCCGGCUCACUUCCAGCGCCGGCUGCCGGUGAGGAGCACCGCGGCGGUGCCCCGGUGCCGCAGGAGCUCGUGGAUCAUGAGCUACUGUGGCCACACAAAGCUGAAGAACCUGGACGCGGGCUGGGCGGACUUCGCCAUCGAAAAUUUGCUGCACGUUGGAGAUGCGUGUGUGUUUGAACUGGUGUCCAGGGAUGCCGAAGAUUUCAGCAAGGGUGAGGUGAUGCUCGAGGUGCAGGUUACCAUGGAUUAGCCAUCGUUAGACGUUCGUGAGAGCUAAGCUUCACUUGUUGCUGGUGCAAGUCGAUUCAAUGUCUUCUUGUAAGCCAUCGACCACCAUAUUAUUACCUUGCAUUUCAUUCUCUAGGUCUAUGUGUCUUCUUGUAAUUUGGUCAAGACAUAAUCGGUUUUCUCAAGACCGAGUAUUUCAUCAUUCCUCAUGUCUAUUCUUGGAUAGUCAUUUGUUCAAGAUAAGCCAUGCAUAGACUCUUCGUCACUUCCACUUGUUUUCCUCAUUUCUUCUGAUGGCCGCAUGUGCUUACCUCAAUAUUUGUGAACACUAUUGCAGACCGGCCAGUGUGCUCUCUCCAUGCUCGGGUUAUUUAACCACCUUCCUCUUUCUCCCAUAUAAGAAUUGUCCGUCGAAACAAAUGAGGUACUCCUCCAUGCUUCAAGCUCAACACCUUGCUCCCACAUACCAUCUGUUAGCAAAAGCAACAAGGAAAACAAGAGAGGAACGGAGGUUAGCUUGGGAAUAGGAUACAUCAGAAAUGAGAAGUCUAAUAUGCGCAGUGUAGCAUGGUUCCACAUGGAUAGACUUCGUUGUCCACCACUGAUUCUCAUCAAAGAAUGUGUCUAGGCGGUUGACUUGUGCGACUGCGCGGUGCGACGAUGACUAGAUGCCAGUGCUUUGGCGGCCGGCGGCUGCUGUGUGCCUCUGUCGACACCAGGGGUAUAAAUGGCGGCUGCUCUGCUUCUUAGUCAUGCGCUGCGACGACCCUGUUAGAGUUAAGCAAAAAUCUAGGAUUGCACGUGCAUGUGUGUCCUAGUUUGUUAGUAUUGUAAACCGAGUAGGAUUAGCAGUGCUACACCAAGUCGGAUAGCUAGCAGUCUAUCAUAUAUAUAUAUACUUCAUUCAUUCAUAAAUAUUUGUUUUUUUAAAGAUUUUAAAUAGACUAUCAUAUACGAAUGUAUAUAGACAUAUUUUAAUAUAGAUUAACUCAUUUUGCUUCGUAUAUAGUUAUUUGUUAAAAUUUCUAAAAAGACAAAUAUUUAGGAACAAAAGGAGUAUCUGUGUGUACCCCA